GGGAGAGGGAUAGAGACGGGGCCAGCGGACAUCCCUCCCUCGCGCCUUGACGCGUACUGGGUGAUCACUACGCGAUAGAGACAGUAAUAACAGGAAACUCGGUGGCGCUUUAAACGCUGAUGCUCCCGGUGACCAGCGGCCACCGUUCAGUCAGCGGACACCUCGGCAAGAAAUAAAUAUAAUACGCCUGGAAAGUGAGACGCUUUCUAACUGACGAAUUUAUCCUGAAUCCAGAUCAGAAAGGAAGACGGCUAUGGAUUCCCCUUCGGAUCGAUUUCAUCAGCAGCCAGCCCAGAUGUGUCCCUUUGAACUGUAUCGCAGUCUGACAGAUUCCAACCCCACGAGCCACCGUUUUUCAUCUGGCAGCCUGUCCUCCCACCCCCUCUUCUCCCCUCUCAUGCACCCCAACAGUGCCUCCCAUGGGUGGGGUAAUUUCCGCCAGCAUCAGGCCUUGUUUCCUGGGCUGUUAGUGGAUGAUGAUGUAAGUGAAGAGGAUGUGUUUGGGAAGAGGGACUUUACGGCUGGGGGUAACCCAUCAUCACAACGCUGUCCUGGAGACAAGGGACAAGGUUCAGCACCUGAACUUGAAGACUGGAGCCAUGAUUUUGAAGAAGUAAAGAGACUCAGGAUGGACUCAGCAGAUAGGAGUCAAGAAGAGAUUGGUAGGGAAAGCAAGAGAGGGAGGAAGAGUAGAGCCUCGGGUAGAAUGAAGGAGAGGAAAGGAGGGAAACAGGGAAACAGGAGGGAAAGCAGGGAAGGGAGGAAGCGACAACGGCAAGAACUGAAGCUUCAGCUAGAGGAGACCAAAGGGAAACUUCUAGAGCUUCAACGUAAAGUAUGGAGAGUGUAUGGAGGGGAGAUUGAUGACGAGAACAGAUGUGAGGAAGAACAAGAGAAUAGAGCAAUAAAUCUUGAUGAGGUUGCAGAGAUGUUUUCCGAUGGUGAUGAUCCUCUCAUUAGCAGUGGAUCUUCUCCCCCACGCUGUUCAUCUAAGAAAAACAAUGAAAGCAACCAGAAUGGGAAUGCUGGAAUAUUCCCAGAGACAUCCGUGGACCUGGAGUUAAAUGGUGAUCAGGUGUGGCUGGGUUGCAGUCUGAUCAGGGGUGAGUGGGAAAGCACAGAAGGAGGGCAGAAGUUUGCUCAAGCUCUGAAGCAGGAGCUGGCAAGUGUUGUGGCUCAGGUUAUUGACAAGGUUGUUCGGCUCUAUGCUGAAACAGACCCCUCCUCGGUCGCAUCUACCACUGUGGCCCAAGAAACCAGUAUGGCACUGGAUCUCAACUCAAACAGUGGGCCGAAACCUGACAAAGUCGCUCAUGUGGUAGAACAGGUGGAAGCUUUACCACUCAUCACUAAGAGUUCUCAAGAAAAGAGGGCCCUUAUUGCUCAGAGUGGACACAAGGACCUCCUCAUCCCUCAAGCCAAUCCCAGCCUUGCUCCUUUACCCCAGCCCCCUCUCUCAGUGCUUUUACCCCCUAGGAGGAAAGACCACUUCCUGCCCUCCUAUUCCCCAGAUAACCCUGUGCCCUUGCCCCUUCUCCACUACACCAUGCAGAAUCUCUUUGCCCGCUCACUCUCUAGUUUGCCACUUCAUAAGGACUGCCUGUCCGAACCUUUCAUGGAGUUCCAUUCACACAACUCUGCGUUCCCGCCCCUCCCUCUGCUGGGCCAGUUAGACCCAUCUCAGAUGGAUAGAUUGAGGGAAGGAGGGAUGAGGGGAGGGGGAGCAGGAUUGGUGGACGGAGGAGAUGCAGCACUAUAUCUUGCUGCUGGGUCAUCUCAGGAAGGUCUUUCUCCUUGCCACCUGAAAAAAGCCAAACUCAUGUUCUUCUACGCACGCUACCCCAGCUCUAGCACACUCAAGACAUACUUCCCUGAUGUCAAGUUCAAUCGUUGUGUCACUUCACAGCUGAUUAAGUGGUUCAGUAACUUCCGGGAGUUCUUUUAUAUCCAGAUGGAACGCUUUGCCCGCCAGGCAGCCAGAGAGGGGCUUACAUCUGCCAGGGAAAGAGCACUGCGCCUGGGCAGGGACACCGAACUUUACCGCAUUCUUAACAUGCACUACAACAAAAGCAAUGAUUACCAGGUUCCAGAGAGGUUUGUGGAGGUAGCUGAGGUAGCCCUGAGGGAGUUUUUCUCCGCCAUAGAGAGCGGUCGAGAUACUGAUCCCUGCUGGAAGAAGGCCAUCUAUAAGAUCAUCUGUAAAUUAGACAGCCCAGUGCCUGACAGCUUCCGCCUGCCCGGCUGCCCCACAGACACUUACCGGAUGGGCUGAACAGAGCUUAUUACAUGCACACACUAGGUUUGCAAUGGUAUGAGAUUUUCAUAGUACGAAAAUAUCACGGUUUCACGGUAUACGGUAUUACACAAUUAUUAUUAUCAGUUACAAUGACCUUAAAGUUUUGUUUUUUUUUUUGGGCUGAACAAAUGCUUUAUUAUAAUUGAAACUUGAAACCAUUUUUUUUCAAUGGACGUAUGUGUAAAAAAAAGUCUCCCUUUUGAAAAUAAAUAAAAUAAAUAGAAUAAAUAAGAAAGCUAACAGAAUAAUAAUAAUAAACUGAAUUAUAAACAUGAUAAAAAAAGCAUGUAACUAUAACAUGUUAUAUAACUAAAGCAUGUUAGCAUAGCAUGUUAAAUUAACUACUAAAUGAAAAAUAACAUCAGCUGUGUGAACUUUUAAAGUAAUGUCCUAUGAUUAUUAACAUAUACUGUAGGUGCGCGACAGCGCAGCCAGACUGCUCCUGUCUGUACCUUUAACUCAUUGGUUCUCAACUGGUUUUGCUUCAGGACCCAGAUUUUACAUUGAAAAUCAAGUGGCGACAUACCAUAGUAAAAACGUAACCUGUAUUUAAUGUAUCCUGGAUCGCAUUUCCUUUUAUGUUGCAUAGAUUUGUUCAUGGUUUUCAAGUACAAGGACAUGCAUCAAGUGACAUUAUUUUUGUUGUUGACGUCAACAACAAAAGCGACAGGAAGUUUUCUCUCCCCCCUUUUAAAAAUUGAAGAGUAUAUUUACUUAUGAGCCCAUUAUUAUCCCAUUUGUUUCCUAAUUUCAAACAUAAUUCAAACAGAACAUACAUAUUACACAGGAGGAAAGGCUCCUCAUUACCAUGGUUAGGUCAGUGUAGCUAGUCUUAAAUAAUAGUAAUAAUAAUAAUAACAAAUUAUAGUAUUUAUGAAGAAAUAAGUACUAGCUGAAACACAUUUUGAAACUUUAACUACAACUGCCACUGUUGAUAUAAAAUGAGGUCUAAUAGAUUCUACCUUUAGAUUAUUUCAUAUGAAACUAUAACUUUUUGUCAAAAUAUAACAGUUACUUUUACUCAUGUAAAAUCGUGAAACAAUUUAGUAAAGGUGAUGUUGUAUAAUAAAAAAUAAAAUCAUAAUUGGCGCAUAGUACAGUGUUGCUCUUUUCCUCCUCAGUGCUGUUUGCCAUGUCAGGGCUGCCUACUGUUUGAGAGGUUCGACUUGACUUCCUCCGUAACGCUUUAAACAAGAAAAGUCUCACUAGAAUUGAAAUUGGUCACAUCAGUUUUGAGGUCUGCGCUCCGCAAUAUCAAGGGCAGCCCGGUUGUUGCACACGCACACCAGAGAGAAGAGUAGAUCAUGAUCGUGAGUUGGUUCUGUUACACUCGUGCGAAAGUGCAGAUUAGAAGCCUUUAGCUGAUUGCGAGAUUAUUAUUAAAUCUGCCUCGGCAGUCCUAAAUAGGCUAUCACUUGGGCGGCUGCCGAAAUAUCUUCAACGGGAGAACCAUGGCAUUGUUCUUUCCCUGCUGUCCGCGACCCAGUCCGAAUAGACCUGCGACCCACCAGUUGAGAAACACUGCUUUAACUCCCACACACACUCACUUAUGUCAAACCCCCUUGCCUCGCUUCUCUCUGACAUUUUCUCCGCUGCAUGUGUGUGUCUGUGGCGCAAGUUGACGAGUCUGACAGCCAGUCGAGGGGAAAGGAGAUGUGCACAUGCAGAUGAGAUCCUCCGUCCGGUUCCAUUUGUUUUCUCAAUACCGUAGAUAAGCAAAUGUACAUGGUAUGAAAACCGUCAGUUUUCAUACCGUGGUAUACCGUGAAACCGGUAUACCGCUGCAACCCUAGCACACACACAGCCUCAUAUAAAACAUACAGUGUGCGUGGAUUGAUAUUACAAGCGUGCACAGUUGAGUAUGAAUAGUGAACAAUUUGAAUUGGCAAAGAUCCAAGAAAAGAAAACCCCGCAAAAUUGCACUGUAAAUAUUGAGGACACUGAAUAUGUGAUUUAUUAUUCUCACGGUGCUUAAAAGUAUUUCUUGUUUAAACAUGAUCUAAUUGAUAACCUACACUCUACUUUAGUGCAGUAUUAUUCCAGUUAGCACUAAGGAAUGCUCUAUAUUGGAAAAAUGUUCUCAUUUUACUUGAUGUUACAUUAUUGCUCAUUAAUUUAUCUCUAAAUGCAAGCCUGGCUGGCUGGCAUUGAUCUUUUUAUAUUACUUGUAACUUGUUAUGCUAAGUUUCUGUGCACCUGUAAUGUUGCAAAAUGUAUUAAAAUAAGUGAAACUCUU